AUGACGACAGUGACGGAAGUCGCAAUUUCGCGCAUCGCCAAGGAUCCAACGAACAACGCUGAUGACAGUCCGUCAGAUUCGGAGAUGAAGCAGGCGCUGACCAGCAGGUCCACCCCGAAUUUGACGCACACCCUUCCCAGUCCGACGAUCCACCAUUCGUCAUCGGGUUCCGUGGGCGCCGAAGCCGACUUGCUUCGACUUCAAGGCGUGGACAGUUUUGUAAAUGAGUUUCAGUUCGCCAACGAUCUCCCCUCUCCUCGGCGGCGCUCAAAACAUCAUAAGAUAUCCGGUGUGUCGCCGAACAGUUUCGUCGAGAACGUCAUACAGAACAUUGGCAUCAUGCUGGCCGGCAUAGCGCUGGGCAACGGUGAAGCGGUCGAACCGGAAAUUUUGCCAUUCGAUACUCUGCAUUACGGAACUUUAACGUACGCCGAUUCCAGGGGUCACAUUGUGAACAGGCCUAACUGGAUUCACCUAUUCACGUCCAGUUCUCAUUCCGGAGUGAAGUCUAGUCACGGUUCGUCGUCCUCGCCAGCCGGCAGCGUCCGAAUGCAUCCCUUGGACCAGACAUGGCCAAGCGGCGUGUCGCGCGACUGUCGCUACCUGUCGUCAGUGGUAUGCCUUCAGAACCGGCAUCUGCAGCGCGCUCGACCCAACCGAUCCGUGUCUACUCCUCCCGCGGACAAAAGCACGCAGGAUAAACGUAAGCUUUUUUAGUA